AUGUCCCAACCAACCAACGAUAAAGUCAACAACAUCACGUCAAGAUUGUACACUCUGGCCAAGGUUGAUGCACAACCAACUCUCAGUAUCACAGUGUUGGUCCAAGAUCUUCUGUUCCCAGACUCAAACAACUCAACAAUCAUGAUCACCACUGAUGUUGUGAUGAAUGUUUCAAUCCAAGGAUGGACAUAUCAAUCAAACAUGAACACUUUGAGAGUUGUUCUCUUCAAGAAUGCCUCGACCACAACAGUUAAGAAUGGACCACAUUGUGGACGAGUGUUCCUCUUUGGUUGGGACUCAAUCGACAACAACAUGCAAUACUUUAGAGAUACUGAUUAUGAUCAGUUGUUUGCCACCUUCCCAACGUUUGGUCUUUCGAAUGGUUUGCCAACAUUCACCAGGAAUGAACUGAUCAGUUCAUCGACCAACCAGUCACUGUUUGGUAUCAACUUGCCACAAUGUCAACAAUGCAGUGUCAGUCCUUCUUUCUCAGUGUUGGACAGUCCAGACUCUAGUAACAAUCGUCUACAGUAUGGUUGUGAAGGUGACUCCAAGAAAGGUGAUAACUACGUUGGUGUCUCUGGUAUCAUUGCCAUUGCAGUUGUAUGUAGUGUUGUAUUAUUGGCAAUCAUCAUAACAAUAAUCGUAUUGGUUGUUAGAAGAGUUAGAAGGUCAAGAAGAGAACAGGCCAGUAAUAAGAUGGGAGCACUGUAA